UAUAGCCAGUAUUGAAUUGAGUUGAAUGCUAUGUUAUUAAUGGAUGCUACUCAGGAUGUUUAUUCCCGUAAUUUCAGUUGCCUGAAUUUUUUUUUCACAGGCCUGAGUUGCUUUUGUUGUUGUUUUUUUUAAGAAAGGGGAUGUAACAUGUUGACCUAUUGUUCGCCCAGCCACUAGAUGGCGCUGUGUUGUGGCAAGUGAGGAUGGAACCAACAAGGAAGAAGUUGAAAGGUUGGAUGAGAAAAUAAAGUGGAAUUGGGAUAGAGUUCGGUGUGUGCGCAUUUAAUAAUAAGCUUGGUAUCCAGAGAGGAUGAUACAGUCAACUUUCCUCAUGGGGUCACACCCAUUAGGACAGUGACGUCAAACAGCUGCACCAGCUCAAUAAAACCACUAACAGGGUGAAAAAUAUAAAAUAAUGUUGACACAGAUGAGCUACAACUUCUGAAUCAAUUUUACAAAUAGCUUUAUUAAUUAUCUUCUGUUGAAAGAUCACUUUGAGUGAACGGUAUUGGUUGCUGUCACCCGUUGGGAUCGUUAAAGCAGCUCUCGGCUGGGCCCUAGUGUAAGUGGGUGGGCCCUGGCCCGGUAGGCUCACCCACACACACGCGGCUGCUGCGGCUCCCAGUGUUUUCUUUACUGUGGGAAACGGGUAAUAAUGGUUCUUUGAUGGGAAAAGAUUGCCGACCCCUGUUCUGCGUUGUAAUUUUAUGUCACAAAAAGUAAUCUUUGUGUUUAUUGUUGUUCAUUUUCACAAUUUUUAUGGUGUUUGCUGGUGAGAAGAAAAGGGAAAAGAAAGAAGAUUGUUAGAAAUCAGUUGCGGCAUGGUGUUUUCUUCCAGAAAAAACAAAAUAGUACCCUUCAUGAGCAGUUACAACCCCUUUGGAUCUGGGAAAGGAACCACUGGCUGAAAGUUAUGAGCCAACAUGGGAGAGGAAUUGUUUGAAUAAUUAGAGAAAGUAAUUGAAACUCCUGGACCAUUGUGAGCAACAAAGUUUUAUACAGAGUUAGAUAAGAGAUGUGUUUCUAGGACCCAUCUGGUACUUUAGAUCAUAAUGUUGCACAUUACAUAGAUCAUAUAUUGUACAUGUGUUGUAUAACUAAUACUGGUUAGUGACAAUGGCUUUUCGGGUAAUAGUCGUUACAGGUGUGGAUUCACGCCAAAAGAACUGCGGAGGGUGCGUGACUGCUCCGCUGUGUGCUUCGCACGCGCAGUGUGGGCGGAAACGACUGACUCAGUUGUGAGUCACCGCACGACUGGUCUGUCACACUGCUAAUGCCUUCAAGGAUAGUGGGAAUUUCUUCUUCCGUGUAAAGGUGCUCUGGUUCUUUUGGGGUGAGCAUAGUGUUCCAUUUGCGUGAGCAGCGGGAAAGUUAUAAAACACGCAGAUUGAUGCGGAGAAGAAAAUCAACCACAAGCAAGUCCAAGGAUGUCUAAAUCAUAAAUCAUUUAAUUUUAUAUUAAUAAUCACAGGGCAGCUAGCGACGGUGGCCAAAGAGUUAGGAGUUCGCCCUGUAAUGGUGGGUUGGAGGUUCGAUCUCAGGCUCGUCCGCGUCUGGGCAGGACCCUCGCCUCCGCCCGUCGGUGGUGGUGAUCGGAGGCGUACAUGAUUCAUUACGAUAGUAGGAGGGACCGAUGGUGCCGAUUCCUACUCGUCUGCGGACACAUGAACGCAGCAUGCAGGCGGCUGACGGGACAUGGGAGAGUGGCUCUGAGACGCUGGAGCCGCCGGAUCGGGACCGAACUUAGGCCUUUAUCCUCCCAGCAGAAUCUUCAGACCACCGGAGUCGGUCGCUUCACGUCGGUCCACAUCAGCACCGUGCUGGACGGGUCCGCCACAGAGGAUAUAUGUUUAGUAAAGGUGCAAAGCGGAAGCUGGACAAUGAUGAAGAGGAGCUGGAAGGCAAAGCGUUGGAGGCGUCGUUGGAUGGAGGCGGGGUAGGUGUGGGUCUGGCAGGCCGGUCUAAGGUGUCCUACACCCUGCAGAGACAGACCAUCUUUAACAUCUCUCUGAUGAAGCUCUACAGCCAGCGCCCGCUGGGAGAACCCCAGCUAGAGCGCCGUGUGCUGAUCAACAACAUGCUGAGGCGCAUCCAGGACGAGCUGAAGCAGGAGGGCUUGCUGCAGCCACUGCUGCUGCCACCUUCGCCGCCCCCCGACGACUCAAUGGAUGACGGCUUCCGGGAGGCGCCGCCAUCGUUUGGUGUUAUGUCUGCAGGUGUGUCUCAGCCUUCAGCCCUGGUGAUGCUGCCGAAUCCUUCACCGCCCUCACUGGUGCCUUCCCCCUGCCAGGCUUCACACACCAGCCCCCAUCAUCUGGAGGCCUGCCUCACACCAGCGUCUCUGCUGGAGGACAACUGUGUCCCCUCCCCUCUCACGUUCCCCCAUUCUCUGUCCCCAGUGAACCAGGCAUCCCUCAGGGGCUCUGUGCCUGAUAGCCCCACCCUCAGAGAUAUAGAGUUGGAUCCUUCCACAGCCAUAUCAAGGACAGCGGCAGCCAACACUACAACCAUCACUACCUCCCCCUCUCCAACCCAGUCAGCACCUGUCUCACCCACAGGCUCACCCAGAGACCUCAGGACUGUGGGUCCUAAGCCAGAGGCAGCCGCUGUACUUUUAGUGGAGGUGAGCUCUCCACCACACCCUCCAUCUUGUCUAGAGGACACUUCUCCUGCUGCUUUAUCCUCUCCUUCCACAAGCUUCCUCUCAGAAUUAGCGUUGGACGACGUCCUGUUUGCUGACAUCGACACAUCGAUGUAUGACUUUGACCCCUGCAUGACGGCGGGGGUGGUGGCAGCAGCGGGAGGCAGCCUUGCCAAGCUGCCACCAGUGGUGAAUGCAGACGACCUUCUCAAAUCGCUGAUGUUACCGUACAGUGGCUCCGCCCCCCAGGUUUCAACCAAUCAGCCUUUCAAAUUAGAUUUGACAGAACUGGACCACAUCAUGGAGGUCCUGGUAGGAUCGUGACUCAUGGACAUCUGAGACUUUUUAUCCCAGCAUUCAAAUGUGGGAUUUUUUUAUCUGCUUCCUCUUAUAAAUGAGAGAGAGGGAGAAGUUACAGGUGUGUUAGCGCAGUUGUUGCUAACCUGCCCAGACCAUCUCCUCACAUAGGAGAUAAAAUGUUCCUGUAAUUGUAAAAUGUGAGCUGAUGUCAGCUGGAACUACAAUGACAGCUAUUACACAACACUACACACACACACACACACACACACACACACACACACACACACACACACACUUGCACUUCUGUACUUGUGGGGCCUUUUUUUAAAAACUCUGUCUUUUAGUCUGAAAGGAAAACGUCUCUGCCUGUGCGUGCGUGUGUGUGUGUGCGUGCGCAACUCCACACCUGAGCUGAUACAGACGUAUGAAUCUGGCUUUAGAGAUGAACCGAUAUGGGUUCAACUGAAGCAAUAUGCUCUCUGAACCUAAUUAGGUUUAGAACUGAAACUUAAUUCUGAACACUGGUCAGUAUUAAAAUCAAACAACAUUUAACCAAAGUUAAUCAAACAAAUCAAUAUGCCGACCAAAUUAUCAAAUAUACAAAACACGUGAAUAAAAAUAAUCAGUUGACAAUUUUAUUUCAGAGUGUUUAUGAAGCUGGAAGGUUAAUAUGCAUUUAGAUAAAGGAAUCUCCUACCAUCUUUAUGCAGAUGACAUCCAACUGUACAUCUCCUCUAAGCCCCAUGAGAUGUCUAAGCUGCAGCUGUUACACACCUGCUUAGACUCCAUUAAAACCUGGAUGGUGGGAGCUUUCUACAGCUGAAUGAAGAUAAGACUGAGAUCCUCAUCUGUGCUCCAGACAAGCUGGUUCCCAAAGUCAGAGACUCUCUUGGUCAGCUUGCUUCUCACACCAACCUUCUGUCAGGAAUCUUGGUGUGACCACCUGUUGACUCUUCCUCACUAGCUUAUCUUCAUGCUGCUGCUUCUACCGAUUCAGUCCCGCAUUGCCUUGUCUUAUUAAUUUCUGUCUUCCUUCACAUUUUUUAUUAACAUUUUUCCAUUUUCUCUAUUUUUUUAGUGCAAUAUUUUUAAGUAAUGUUUUGUUUUUGUUAAAUGCCUCCUGAAUUUUAUCUUGAGAGGUGCAAUAUAAAAAUAGUUUCUUCUCCUUCUUUUUAAAUAAAAUAAAUACAACUUUAUAGUACAAAUAAAAAAAUACUGAAAAAUAUCCUAAUAAGUCAACAUUAAACUACAAAACUAAGUAUUGUUCUAAAACACAACAACAACAUUACAUGUUUUUAACAACCUCCUCCUUUCAUUUAUGUAUUGAUACAGCACCGUCCUACCGCCAGUGGCCAACAGUGCGCAACAGGAUAAAGGCCAAAAAUAACAGUCAAAGCAAAUAAACCCAGGAAAAUGAACCAACGGUGACGUGAACUAAACCUUUUGUGUUGUUCUGCCUUAGCAGCGGCAUUGUAGCAGCAAAGCCCUCGUUUCUGAGUCUGAAAAUCUAGAGCUCCUAUCUGGAUGUCCGAGGAUGUGCCUGUCUUUAAAUCAGCCUGAUAUAUUGAUCUAGUCCUAAGUAAAGUUAUGCAUCAUUGUGGAGAAAAUAUACCUCACAGGUACAGAAACACACACACACACACACUGUGUAAUUAUGACUUUUAGCAGCUGAGUGCCUUUAAAUGACCAUUUAUUUAGUUUCAGUUUUCAGUAAAGUCCUCUCACCCCUGCAACCUACGGGGCUAAAGUUCACCUUUAAUUCAUUACCUUGUAGUAAGACUGCUAAUAACUGAGGUUAUUUUACAUGAUCAAAUAAUAAUUAUUUAAUCUUUAUCCUAUUCUUCAUGCUUUGUUUUUGUCAUGAGGUAGACCAGGAAGAGGGUGGUGGGAGCUAGCGUAAGCUUAGCUUCAGAAACGUACUGCAUCAAGGCCCCUUCUCCUCCUCCCACCAGGCCUUACUCGUCUCCAUCCUGAUAGCUCUGCUGCUUUACUGGUUUACAUGUGAGAAGUCAGGAAUGGGGACUCCACCCUCCCUGAAGAUCACUGACCCAGAGAGGGGCUCCAGCACACAGUGGUGUGAUCUGCAGAUCCAGGUGAAACGGGGUCCUCUCUGUGUGGUUUGUGCCUAAAGAGGAGGGGGCGGGGCUGACACAGACCCAACCAAACCAGUUUUAACCUGAAGCUGCGGAUGACAGGACAGCAGGUUUCCUUCAGAUUUGUGCGUUUAAAGUGUAAGGAGCUCUUCUACGUGGAACCAUCCAUCAGACCCAUCUGAGCCACUGGAAUGAAACCAGUUCCAGCAGUUUGUGCUGGCCCCAACUCGUCACUCUCCUCCCAAUAUGUUGAACUGGAAUCAGACUCCAGCGUCAGGUUUCUACCUUCUCUUUGAAUGUUGGUUUGAUUUCCAUUUAGAUUAUUUAUUACUCCUUCAGUUUAUUUUUUUGUUUACUGUGUAAAUAUAUUUAUUUUUGAUGUGAACAAAAGGAUUAUAAAUGUGUACAGACUGUGUGUUGGGAAUGACUUCCAGGAAGGAAUGCAUUUGUGUGGAUCAUCCGGUGGGAGACUUGUUAUUGAUUUAUUUUCUGGGGUGGGAGCCAUUCAGUUUUAUAUAUUUUCUACGUAUUUGUUUUUGUUCCUCAGCUGAAAGCAAACUGUUGAUGCAGCAAUAUUUGUAAAAAUCCCGUCUUCAACGUUCAGAUGUCAAGAAUCCAAAGCCCGUAACGGACGCUUCAGCGCCCAGAGCAACGCUGCCAGCGGCACCACAUGGUCCGGAUGCUGCCUGAGCAGAAACAGCCUGAUGCUCCUUUUCCUGAGUCUGUAGAAACAGACUUUAGAGUGCCUUCUUCUAUGCAAUACAACACACACACACACACACACACACACACACACACACACACACACACACACACACACACACACACACACACACACA